AUGACAAAAAAAAAAGUUCCUCCUACAAAUAUCUCGGGAGAAUCAUCUCAGAAUAAAACACCUCAAAUUAUGACCAACAGUACCAGAAUUAGACCUGCUAAGAGGUUGAUGAAUGCUGCAGGAGGCUGUGCAAAAUACGGAGCAGAAUAUGGAAAUUGUAUUCUACUAAAAUAUCAAACAAUCAAGAAGGGCGAUUGUGCACAGGAGUUUCAAAAGUUCAAAAGCUGUGUCACAGAGAAAAUGGCAAAAAAGUGA